GUCACACACCGUUGGUCAUGUACGGAGAAGCAGCCAAUAAGCUAGUCCAAAACGCAAAGCGCACCCUCGCUCUUCCUCACCUCCCGCCCUACGCCACCGAACUCACACGUUCGAUUGUACGCGAGGUACGCGACCUAGACAAGGAUGUGUCUUCGAUCCUCGCUCCCUACGGCGGUUCCUUCAACCCUAGCGCCUCUCCAGAGACGGCUUGCGCACUCCUCGUCAACCACCUCUGUAUGCGCCGGAAUAAGCGAUGCCUGUUAGCCUAUCAUAGAGUGCGAAGCGACAAGCUCGAGGAGUACUGCUGGGAGGGCGUUGAUGUGCUCGAGCAACAGGGAAGCAGAGACCACAGCGGAGAGGCUGGCAGGAGCGCGCUGGGCGCUGGGGGCGGCAGGGAAGAAAGUAGUCUGAGUCCCGAGGAGGAGGAAUACGUAAGACAGUACAGCGAUCUCCUCGCCGCAUACAAGGGCCAAUGGACCGACAUCGACCUAACGGGCAGCCUCGAGCCACCCCGCGAUCUGUUCAUCGACGUUCGGGUCCUCAAGGAUGCCGGUGAGAUCCAAACCGAGUACGGCUCCAUCACACUGACCAAAAACUCACAAUUCUACGUCCGCCAGGGCGAUGUCGAACGCCUGAUCGCUCAAGGUUAUCUUCAACGCCUAAGCUAAACACCAAUUUCAUCAUCUAUACAUGGCCUUCACAUUCCCCGAUUUCCAGCGUACUUUGGAUAAAAUCUUUUUUUUCUCGCUUCCAAGGAGAAAAAAGAGAGGCUGCAACACUCAGCCCCUGCGAAC